ACUUCUACAAUGAGUACGAAUGCAACAACCCGUUACUACAACGUGCCGUUUUAAAGGCCACAUCUUCCAUGCCGAAAAGGGGUCCCGAAAACGCCGUUUUGUGGGGUGCCCUUUAACGAGCAAAAAUGUCGAAUAAAAGUGUCCGUUGGGCUUUCAAUUUAUCCAAAUGGGAGCCCUCCCAUUCAGACAUGUUGCUAGCAACGUCUUGUGUCCAAGUUGAGGAGAAAGAACGCUUAGCGAGAUUUGUGUUCAAAAAUGACGUUAAAUCGUCGUUAAUAGGUCGCUUGUUAAUGAGGAAAUUCGUUAACGAAGCGACCGGACUCAAAUAUAACGAAAUUAAGUUCGCGCGCGAUGAAAAAGGCAAACCGUUUCUUACAAAUAACAAUUUUCCGAUAAAUUACAACGUGUCCCAUCAGGGGGAUUACACGGUGUUGGCUGGGUGUAACAGUGCGGGUUUGUUGGGGGUAGAUGUGGUCAAAGUGGAGUUUCCGAGGGGUAAAAGUUUGGGUGAAUAUUUUAGAUUAAUGUCGCGGAUUUUUUCGGGAACAGAGUGGGAAAAAAUUAGGGGGCAAGGUAGCGAGAAAAAUCAGCUGGCGAUGUUUUGUCGACACUGGUGCUUGAAAGAGAGUUAUCUGAAGGCUGUAGGUGUCGGAGUGACGAUAAAUUUGCAAGAUGUUUGUUUUAAAAUAAACUCGGAUGUUUUGAGGAAAGAUCGGGUCGUUGAUGAUACAGAGGUUUAUUUUAGAGGGGAAAAAUUAGACUGGGAGUUUCAGGAGAUGCUUUUGGAUGAUCAGCAUUGCGUUGCCGUUGCAACGGAGGCGAGCACUGGCGAGAAAUUUUUUUUCAAAGAGAUUGGUUUUAAUGAAGUUAUGGAAAACGCUGUUGCUUUGUUAGAACCGGACGAGGAUUAUUGUAAUAGUUUUUUUAAAAAGUGUGACAAAAGUUGAUGUAAUAAAGUGGGUUUUGGGGGA